AUGACUGUUUCUACUCUCUGCUUAGGCAGCACUGAGAGAUGCUGGAAUUCUCGUGGGAUCUGCCGUGAGCAGUGCUACAGGAGUGAGAAGAUCUACAUUUUCUGCCCAAGUGGCAAACUAUGCUGCGUGAAGCCCAAGAACCAGCCACUUGUUACCUGAAAAAGAAAUGAGGCUAAACCCCACCCAGAGCCUUUCCUUUGUAGAUUCCUGAGCUUUAUUAAAACCCCUUUGGCUGA